GGCAGAAGAUGACAACACUUUGGUUGAAGCCUUGACCGCACUGCGCAAUCAGCUUACUGUGAAGCACGACGAGCCGCUUAUCUCCGAGUGACAGUCGCCUGCUGUUAAUGAAGUCAUCGCUCGAACUCUCUCCUGGCGCGCAGGAUCUGUUUGCCCUUUGGGAGGCAGCCAACGCGCGACAGUUCUCGCUUCUUGUAUCAAUCGUUAGCGUGCUGUCAUCGACGCUCGUUCUCCUCUCCUCGCAUUAUACGUACCACGCGCUUGCCGAUCCAAUCGUUCGCUCUACGUUAUCCUCGCAACGGGCACCUCGAUUGAACACAUACCUGGGAGGUUCUCAUACCGAGCUUUUGCUAGUUACGUUGGAGCUGUUCUUGAGCCUACCAAGUCUCUACCAAGACUUCUAUACAUGAGACGUAAGAACGGGGUCGACCGGAGUGUUGACAUUUUGACCAGACCUGAUAUCCGCACGCUAUUCAUCUUGUUCCUCAUGUCUUUCGUCGAUAGCACGACCUGCAGUGCGGUGAAGACCACUAUUUUAGAACAGCACCGCGAGAUUUUUGCGCUGCUGUUCAAAAGUCUGUGGC